AAAAAAACAGAUCAGGAAAACAUGGUUAUCGGAUUACUUGCCAUCGCAGCUAUCCCGACCGUUACGGGCGUGGGUAACGCUGUGAGUGCACAGAAGAGACAGAAUGAGAGCAUGAGCAAGGAACAAGAAAAGUUCCACCUCACAUUCAUGCUACAACAGAAUGGAAAGAUAGAAGAGGUUGGUCAAGGAGUUUUGGUGGACAAGAAGAUGUAUCUCAACCUUUCAGAUGCCCCCGUGCAAGGCUACAGAUUUCUAGGCUGGUAUUUCAAGUAUCCUAGCGAGGAAGGGCACCUGGGGCUGGUGAGCAUGGUAUCCGACGACCCGCCAGCGCUGAACUGGAUAUUCGUGGACAAGGACACGCACAUGGUGACCUUUGGGGGCAAGAAGGACACCAUCGGGCACGUCAUAGGACCCUGGGGCUGGACAGCAGACGAGCGCUUCCUGACGCUCCAGGGAGAUCAUGAUUCGUUUGUGGCGGUGCGGGACGAGCAUGGGAAAUGGGCUGUAUAUUGGGACCCGGAGGGUGAUAUCGAGGACGAGAUUGACGAUGAGGAGAGAUGUCAGCCAGUGAGACUGAGGAGAAGACCGCAGCUCGGCAUGGAAAGCAGUUAUGUCAAAAAAUAGCAUGAUAUGAUU